GCCGACUCUCAAAGCCAACUGCGCAUAACAAAGGCGAACCUUGUGCGAGAAAGUUGUCAGUGUCGUGGGACGCGGAUCGCCAUUUGAUAGCGAAUUGGCAUUAAGUGCUUCCAUUGGCGAAAUCGGUUUAACGCGAGUGCCAUGCCAAAUCCCAGCAAGCCCAACGGCGCUAAUCAGUCGACAAACAUUUUGAAUACCUGAAAACCCGAUCCCACCUGGAGCCAGCCCAACAACCAGCAAAGAAUCCAGCACAGAUCCAGCUCCAGAUCGAGAUCCAGGGAGUAUGCUAUUCUCCGCGGUGGUGUUGUGCCAGGUGGAGCGGCUCAUGUGCCUGCCCAUCAGCUUCGCGGUGCUUGGCUUCCUAUUCAUGGCCUGCACCAUGGAGGUGGUGCUGCUCAAGCUGACUUCCACCGAUCCGGUCCUCGGACCUCCCGCCGAGGAUUGGGAGGAGAACGGAGGGCCAGAUGGGGAGGAGCAGAUCUACUACGAGAAUUUGGAGAACAACUAUGAGCACUGGGCGCGGAGAAGGAUGCGAUUCCAUCGACAGCGACAGCAGCAACAGCAGCAGCAGCAUCAUUUGCCCACUUCGACUUAGGCUAGAAUAUAUGUAUAUUUAAAUUAGAUUGGUUUAAGCGGGUAUAUUGACUGAUCUUCUCCUACACCUUUUGUUUUCCACUAUUUCCUACGGUCUAUGCAAGUUAUUUGAAUCUUUCGCAAGCGUAAUGUUUUUGAAGGCUGUUAACGGUUGACUUUUUCCUUAAGUAAUAUUUGUUUGUUUGUAAGCGAAAUUGCGAAUUUUGCCAUUUGAAUAAGUUGAGCAGCAAUCCGCUGGCCGAUUACUGAUUUCGAGCACGUACAAGACACCCAGGAAUUCCCUUCUUCUCUCUUGUGUAAGAACUGUAAGUGACUGACAUAAUCCGAAUACCUAUCGAGGCAGUGCGUCUCUUAGAUUGUAAGAUGUGUGAUAGAGCUACAUGUAUACUUUAAGCCGCGCCAUUUCGCCUAAGUUGAUUAAACUCGGCUUUAAAACCCCA